UCCUGUCACGUGCUCCUCCUUGGCCGGUGUGCGGUGCGCCUGAGGCAGCAUGGCUGGGCUGCUGCGGUCGGCCUGGCGGCAUCGCUGUUACCUUUGGUCCUUCGGGGUGGGGCGCGGCAUUGCCGCCACCGCCUCUUCCUCGGCGCCGCUCCGCUCCGCGUGGGCCGUUGUCUCCCGCCGCGGCAGCAGACAUCUGAUCCACCAAGCAAGGCUUUCCACAGUUGCAACACAAGAGGAGGGAAAUGUUCAAGAACCUUCAACUGUUCGAAUCAAGCAGGCACAGUAUUUUGACUGGGCCUUGAACAAACUGGAUAAUUCUAUCAGAAGAACUGGGCGCAUUACUAGAACCCUGCUAUUAAAAAUAUUCCAUGAUGUUUGUAGAACAGGGUAUCCAAGCAGUAACCAGGCCCUGUUGUUGUUGAGAAGCUGCGGUUCGUUGCUGCCUGAGUUGAGUCCAACAGAACGAACAGAACUUGCUCAUACCAUGUGGGCCAAGCUAAAAAAUCUGGGUGUUGUAUAUGAUGUAAGCCAUUAUAAUGCUUUGCUAAAGGUCUACCUUCAGAAUGAACAUGCAUUCUCUCCAACUGAAUUCUUAACAAAAAUGGAAGAUGCUAAUAUUCAGCCCAAUCGAGUGACAUAUCAACGAUUGAUUGCUGCCUACUGCAGUAAGGGAGAUAUUGAUGGGGCCAGCCAGAUUCUUGGUUUUAUGAAGAGUAAAGAACUCCCAAUCACAGAGUCUGUAUUCAGCGCCCUUGUGACAGGCCAUGCAAGAUCUGGAGAUAUGGAUAAUGCAGAAAAUAUCCUUUCUGUGAUGAAAGAUGCUGGAAUUGAACCGGGUCCAGACACUUAUGUCACAUUACUGAAUGCGUAUGCUGAGAAAGGUGACAUAAACAAAAUUGAAGAGACCCUGGAAAAGAUUGAAAAGGCUGAUAAUUAUCUUUUGGACAGGGACUUGAUGGACAUCAUUGUUACUCUUGCCAAGGCUGGAUAUCCUCAGUAUGUGCAAAAUAUUUUGGAGAAAAUGAGAUAUGACAGGGGAUUCAUUCCAGAUGCCAUGAAUCUUAGUCUCAACUUAGUUACCCAGGGUUUAGAAGAUACAGCCUUUCAAGUUCUGAAGUCAUUUCCUACAUCAUCAUUAGAUACCCAGAAUGGAAAUGGUGUAGACCGUGGUAACUUCUUCUUACGUCAUUGUGUAAAUAUGGACAAGCCAGCAGCAAAGCUGAAACAGUUUUGUGAUGACUUGAAAGGAGCCAACCUGCACACUGCACCCCUACAGUUUACUCUGCAAAUCAUGUUGGAGUCAAAGAAAGCUGCUCUAGCAAUUGACCUGAUGAAGAUAAUGAAAGAAGAUGGUUUACCUGUCAGACCUCACUAUUUUUGGCCAUUGCUGACUGAGCUCCAGAAAGAGAAAAAUGUUCAAGGUACCGUUGAAAUCCUCAAAGCUAUGCAUGAAAUGCAGGUAAAACCUGAUGUGGAAACAUAUUCAAACUAUGUUUUGACAAGUUUUGAUGAUGUCAGCUCUUUGAAUAAUUUGCUAGAGGAACAUGGCUGCCCCAUUGAGAGUAGUACACUCUGUGCAUCAGAAAUCAAGCAUGAAGCUGUCAGUGGAAGACUGGAUAACGUGCUGGCAUUAAUGUCUUCAGCAGAUGUGCCAUCUGUGGAUCUCAUGCAGUUCAGAAGCAGUCUAAUAUUUGGAUUCAGAAGGUCCAGUGAUGUAGAUCUUUGGAGUAAGAUAACAGAACUGUUGUACAAGGAUGGACGUUAUUGCCAGACGCCUCCAGGACCAACUGAAGCUGUUGGCUAUUUUCUUUAUAGCUUGAUUGACAGCAUGAGUGACUCAGAGGUACAGGCCAAGGAGGAGCGGUUGAGACAAUACUUCCAUCAGCUGAAGAAGAUGAAUAUAGUAAUCCCUCCCAACAUCUUCAGAGGUAUCCGCAACUUACUGAACAUCUACCAUGUUCCUGAAUUAAUUAAGGAUGUGAUUUUAUUGACUGAUAUAGAAAAACUAUCACAAGGUGAUACAGCCAAAUUUGCAGGGCUUCCAGUGUCUGAUUUGGAGGAAAAGCUCGAACAGUUUAAAGCUGAGAACCAGCCUGUUGGAGAUAUUUUGAAGCAGCUCAUACUUGCUCUUUCCGCAGAGGAGAAUAUGCAGAAAGCCCUUGAACUGAAAGCCAGAUACGAACCGGACAUGGUUGUUGGUAGCUAUGCUGCCUUAAUAAAUUUGUGCUGUCGACAUGAUAAUGUAGAAGAGGCAAUGAACCUGAAAGAAGAACUCUGCCGUAAAGAUUCAUCUGCUGUUCUUGAUGCGACAAAGUAUAUAGCUUUGGUCAAAGUUUUGGGAAAAUAUGGCAGACUGGAAGAUGCUAUUAACAUUUUAAAGGAGAUGAAAGAGAAGGAUGUCCCUAUUAAAGAUACGACUGUCGUAUCCCUUUUCCACGUACUUAAUGGUGUGGCCUUGCGAGGUGAUGUUGAAACAGUGAAUCGGCUACACGAGUCCAUUGUGGCCCUGGGUUUAGCAAAGCCUACAAGAAACCUGUGUUCUCCUCUCAUUAGUGUUCACCUUGAAAAGGACGAUUUACCAGCAGCUCUGGAAUCUUUGUUUGACUGCUUUAAGAAGUAUGGCAAUCUCCCUAGGCUUCAUGACGUCCUGUGCAGGUUGAUAGAGAAGGGAGACACUGCACUCUUGCAGAAAGUUACGGAUUUCGUGAGCCAAGAAAAAGGUGAAAUGCUGCUGCUGUACGAUCUCUUCUUUGCCUUCUUGCGUACCGGCAAAUACAAAGAAGCCAAGAAGAUCAUUGAGACUCCUGGCUUGAGAGCUCGUCCAGGCCGGUUACGGUGGUUUGCAGAGAAGUGUAUUGCAAAUAAUUACGUUGAAGCCAUGGAAAACUUGGUGGAAUUGACUGAAAAGCUGUUUGAAUGUGACAGAGAUGAGAUGUAUUACUAUCUGUUAAGAUUAUGCAAGCAAAACAGUGAUGGGCAACAGGCUGAAGCUAUUUGGACUAAAAUGCAAGAAGAAAAUGUCAUCCCACGUGAAAGAACCUUGAGGUUGCUAGCAGAUAUUCUUAAAAUGAAUAAUCAGGAAGUUCCAUUUGAUGUGCCUGAGGCUUGGUACGAUGAGGAUGCCCGUCCUAGUCUUUCUUCUUCUCUGCAGCCUUCUGAGCCAUCUUUCGAUUUUCAGGAGAAAAUGUUUAUACUCUGCAAAAAGGGUAAAGUUGAAGGAGCAUACAAUAUUUUACUAGAGGCACAAAGGAAGGAUAUCAUGUUUAAUUCCCAUGCUUAUUCCCACCUUAUAAAAGCUUUGCUGGGCAAGGGUUAUCUUGAAAAAGCCAUGGAAGUAAAAAACAUCGCUGAGACCCACAUCAAGGGCUUCGUGCUGAACGAUGCUGCCAGCAGCCUCCUCAUCAUAACGCAAGUUAGGCGGGAUUAUUUGAAAGAUGCAGUGUCUUCUCUCAAGACCCUUCUUGAAAGCAACAAAGUGCCCAUUCCGCUCGCAGUUACUCGUCUUGUUCAGGCUUUGGCUCAGAAGGGAGAUCUGGAAGGGAUACGCACAGUUGAGGAAAUGAUGGGAAGCCUCAGCAGUUCCAUUAAAUUGUCGCGUAUGCUUUUCAUCAAUAACACAGUGUUGGCUCACGUCAAAAAUAACAACCUUGAUGGUGCCGUAGAAUACCUUGAACCUCUUUUUACCUCUGGAAAGCUGAGUCCUGCUUCAUCAGGUUUUAGCAUCUCCUUUGUGUUUAGAAAGUUGAUUGAAGAAAAACUGGAACAAGCUUUGGAAAGCUUGGGUGCCAUGGCUGAACGAUUAGCUAAUCAGUUUGGAAUUUACAGGCCGGUCACAGAUCUUUUCCUUCAGUAUAUUAAUACAGGAAGAGUAGACGAUGCCAGAUUUCUACUAGAGAGAUGUGGUGCAAUAGGUGAACAAAAGAUGCAUCUGAUGGCUUUCAUUGCAAAGACAGCCCAGCAACCAGGACAGGUCCAUACAAUCAAGUCUCUGUUAGAACUGGUUCCUGACUUUCCACAUAUGAAAUCUGUUUACUCUUACCUUAUGAAAUGCUAUGCAUUAGAUGAGGACGCUACUUCAGCAAAAGCUCUAUAUGAGAAAAUGAAAGUAGAGAACUUGCACCCAGAUGAGUUGACUUUGAAACGCUUGGCUGUCCUCCUGAAGAACGCAGGAGAGCCCGUUCCUUUCACAGAGCCUCCUGAAACGUUCAAAUUCUACGCAGACAAACUACGGCAAGAACAACAGGAACUUUCGUCUUCAUCAGAUGAAGAUUAAUUUUUGUAUGCAUUAGUUGCUACUGUUAAUAUUGUGACUGUGAGAGACUGUUUUAAAUAAUAUGUUGUUGAGGGGGGGAAUAAAAUUGGAAAUAGGAGUUUUCAAUGUAACAUACCUGACUUGUCUAAAAUGGUGUCCUGAAUUUCUUGCUAUUUCUAAGUCUCAUGGAUCCUGAUGGACAUGGCUGUAGCAAUGCAUUCACUUCAUACCAUAUGUGGCCAUAUGUGAUUGACAUAAACUCUUGUUGCCAUGUGCGAAUACACACAAAGACACACACACUUCUAAGGAAGUCCAAAUUCCAUAUUUCUUCUAAAUAUUUUUGUGUACAUGUCCUUUCAUUAGUUGCUUCCUAGACUCAGAAUUUCUUUGUCAGGAAGCAGUUGAAUAAAGGUAAGGGUCAAGGACUUUUGUGGUAGAUGAUUAGGAGGUCUCAGAGUGGCAAAUAAUUUAAUCACACUUUGGGGUGCUUUUUCCUGGAUAAUUUCUGGUGAAAAUGGGCUCUUUUGAUAGUUAAAAUGGAGUUAUACAUUAUACCAAGUGCAGCAUCAGCUCCCAGAAGGCACACUUACCCAACACAAAUGCAGCAACAUAGGAGAAGGUUCAAUUCAAUCACAUGUUUGAUCUGUAAUUGAGCAGCUGCAUUCCUGUACAGUUUGUCAUACUAAGACUCUGGGCCCCAAAGUAAUGAAGCUGUACAUUUUUUUCAUGAAAACAUGUUUCCCAGCAUAUGAGAGCUUUUCAGCAAUUCCUUAAUCUUCACAACCACUGCAGAAGUUAAUUUUUAGUAAAGUGCACUCUUAUGUUUCUUUCCAUUUGUAAAUGUGGCAUACAAAUUGGGGAAAUAGUAGGCAAUAAUGUUGUCAUCUUUGUCAUCACUGUGGAAUGGCAUUUGCCCAUGGCCAGUGUAAAUUAAUGGCAAACAAACCUGCAAAAAGCUCCAUGAUUAAUAAAAAUAAUUGCUGUGUUUU